AUGCCUCCCUUAAAUUUCUUCAAGUUAAAUAUUGAUGGUACUAGAGCUACUGCUUCUGGGAAGAUUGGUGCAGGUGGAGUGAUUAGAAAUCAUGCUGGUACUUGGAUUAUUGGUUUUCAGAUUAAUUUGGGAGUUGGUGAAAUCCUUACUGCUGAAGCUUGGGGCUUAUUUUAUGGUUUGAAGCUUGUUGUUAAGCUGCAAAUUUCAAACUUAGAAGUUGAAUCAGAUUCUGCAAUUUUGGUUAAUUUGAUGCAAAGUUCAAAUCUGGCUCUCCAUCCUUUAGGCUCCCUCCUUGAUGGUUGUUGCAAGCUCAUGUCUAGAAUGGAAAAUGCUAAGCUCAGCCAUAUUUUUCGUGAAUCUAAUAUGACUGCUGAUGCUUUGGCAAAGAGUAGUAUCUCCCAUGAUUUAGGCUUCAUAAGCUUUGAAGACCCCCCUGUGCAUGCUGCACAAGCCUUUCUUGAUGAUUUGAGUUCUACUGUUAGAGCUAGAAGAUCUGCUUCAUGCUUUAAUAUUUAG